AUGGACCGUAAAUUCAAACUAGCUGUCAUUGCGAGAGUGGAACAACAUCCAGAAAUAUGGGAUUUUACAUCAGAAGACUACAAGAAACAAGAUGUGAGACUAACUGCUUGGGAUCAGAUAGUUAGUGAACUACAAGCGGAAGGAUUCGAUACAGAUUUGCAGUCUACUAAAACCACAUGGAAACGAUUGAAGGAUACCUUUUCGAAAAGAUUAAAACACUAUCCACCAGGGGCUGCAAAAGCAUGGGUGUACGACGAUGAUUUGCAAUUUUUGAUGUCAACCACGAGCUCAGGAGCCGAUAAUGCAAUCACGGGCCCAGAUGAAGAAGAACAAGCCGUUGACGUGAAACCCCAACAAUUCGAUAAAGAAGGUAGUGUAACCACAGAAGAUGGAUUCACAGAUACUAGCAGCGCUUCGGUGGCAUCACCGUCUGCUAGUGCUUGUAAACAUCGACCGGGCUCUUUUCGUCGAAGUUUGCCUGUGAAGAGGGAACCGGGACGUCGAGGUUCCGAAACUUCGCGUGUAGGUAGUCUCUCAGGUGAGAGCAGUACACCAGACCGCUUUGACAUCCUAGGACAAUACAUCGCUCAAACGCUAAGGGAACUUUCUCCAGAAGUAUCCUCCGUGAAAAUUCUCGAAAUCACCAAAGUGCUUCACACUUCUACGCCCUCUCCGUCAAGUUCAAACACAAAAUCUAUUUCGCCAAAAGUGCCGCAACCCACGCGGAAGCAGUAA